AUGCUAAACAAAAUAGGUUUCAACUCUAUUGAGGCUGAAAGCUUGAGAUCGCAUAAAGAGUUACUACAAAUUCAGCAAGAAAUGCACAGGCAACCUGGUGAUAGUUAUUUAGACACUUCUAAAAAGGUGGCAGGUUAUGCUUACAAAGUUGCUCAUCAGUGUUAUUUACCUUUUCUUUAUCAGAAAACAAAGGUUCAGUGGUUAGAGUUGGGUGAUGAGAAUAGCAGAGUGUUUCACCAAAGUAUCAAACAAAGAAGGAAAACUAAUCAGAUCCACUCAAUCCAGACUAGUGAAGGGGUAUGGGUUAAGACACCUGAUGAGGUUCAAAAUGCUUUUACUCAGUUUUAUGACUCCCUUUUUUGGUCAAUUAUGACCAAUAGAAGACAGAAAAAAGCACCAGGGUUGGAUGGGUUUAGUAGUCACUUUUUCAAAGCCACCUGGUCCAUAGUAAGUACUAACAUAUGUGCAGCUAUCUCAGAUUUUUCCAUAACUAGCAAGAUCCUUAAGGAAGUUAAUGUAACUUCAAUCACUUUGGUUCCCAAAGUCACAGUACCUGCUUCAGUGGGAGAUUUCAGACCAAUUGCAUGUUGUCCUAUUUUGUACAAAUGUAUUUCUAAGCUUCUGUGCAGCAAAUUGAGUGAUAUACUCCCUGAUAUUAUCACUCACACGCAGGGAGCUUUUGUUUCUACAUGA